AUGCGCUCCGGCCUGUUUAAUGCGGAAGGGCUUGCGAAGGAGCCCCCCAGCGGGUUUGCGAAGAUCACGGAGGGGUCGGCGGCAGUGUUGUUUCCGCCAGCAAAAGUCAAGGACUCCGCAGGCAGGCAGCGCGCAGGCCACGAGAGUGAGCAGCACGAGGCCGGCCAGAGCUUUCCUCGCCGCCACAACGGGGAUGGCGACGGUGGUGAGGAAGACGACGACGGCCAGGCCGUCUUCUACAACCCCGCGCAGGUGGUCAACCGGGAUUUGAGCGUGUGUGCGCUGGCGUGUUUUUCGCGUUUGCGCCGUGACGAACCCCGCCGCAAGGGCGGGACGCGCGACGGUAUCACUAUUCUUGAGGCGCUAAGCGCGACCGGGCUGCGCGCCAUCCGCUACUACAAGGAGGUCCCUGGAAUCCGCUUCAUCAUCGCGAACGACAUCGACGCCGACGCCGUGGAAUGUAUCCGUCGCAACUGCGAAUUCAACGCCGUACCGUGCGCCCGGCCGACGCUGACAGCAAACUUUCCGCCGGCUGGUGUCCGCGUGGAUGAGGCAACCGGAAACAUUGAAGCCGGUGGCGCCGUGAUACCAAACCUGGACGACGCGAAUGAUUUGAUGUUUCGCCUGGCCACAAAUCCCACCGUGUACGCUGGACGCCGUCUCUGCGUGGUGGCGUCCGGUGUGGCAGGUCGUACGACGGCCAGCGCCGAUGGUAGUGGUGGUGACGCCCGUGUGGAGGAGGCGCAACCGUUGCUGCAACAAGAGCUGAUGGACGUUGUCGACCUUGACCCAUACGGUUCCGCCUCCCCAUUCUUGGAUGCCGCCAUGCGUUGUAUCAAGGAAGGUGGAUUACUGCUUGUGACCAGCACCGACAGUGCCAUUUUGUGUGGAAACUACCCAGACACAUGUCACGCCAAGUACAACACCGUCCCUUCAAAGAACGCCGCGUGUCAUGAAAUGGCUGUGAGAAUUCUGCUUGCCGCCAUGGAGCGCGUCGCCAAUAAACACCGCAAGUAUAUUGUGCCGUUACUCUCGCUACACAUUGAUUUUUAUGUGCGGUGCUUUGUUCGUGUCUACACGCAAGCAGCAGAGGUGAAGCUCGCUCCAUGCAAAUUGGGAUACCUUCUGCAGUGUAGCCAUUGUCCAGCGUACUGGGUGCGUCCAAUGGCAGUUGCCCGCAUGCGAGCCAAAAAGCGUGGACGCAAGGAAAACACAAUGCCGAGCGACAGCCGCCUCCCAAAGACGUUUGGAAGCAAUAAUAAUGGUAGUAAUAAUAAUGGUAGCAGUGUGAAUAAUAAGAGCAGCGAGGCGAAGAAGGAUGAGGUGGAAUGUACGUCUGGUGCAUUGGGGAAGGAGUGUUUUCCCGCGGCCCCGUUGAGGCAGGACAAUCCUAAAAUCACCGCUUUUAGUUUGCAGCAGAUGCCUUCCUGUGCGGACGCACGAUGCUGCAAUGUGUGCGGCGCUUUUCUGACUUUGUCAGGCCCAAUUUACGCUGCCCCAACGCAGUGUGUUUCCUUCCUUUCACAGCUCCUGCAGGAAGUAGAGCAGCGUGGGGCGGCGAAACAGAUCAAGGCAGAGGCACGUGUGACUGGUCUGGUGCGGCUGGCAAUGGAAGAGUUGCCGGAAACCCCGCUCUUCUAUCAGCUUCCCGACAUUGCCUCCUUCGUGAAGGUGCGGUGCCCACCUACGCCGCUCUUUGUGGGUGCCUUGGGAAGAAUGGGAUUUCGCUGCAGCCAGGUUCAUUGUGCCCCGUCUGGAAUCAAAACGGACUGUCCGCCAGAACUCCUUGUUCGUGUGAUGCUGCAGUGGAGAAAGAUGCAAGAUGAGACCUCGGAUGACCUUCUGAAGGCGAGUUGUGCGUCGGAGAGGGCGCCUGCAUUUGGCGGUCCUGCCGCGACGGACGCAGAGGGCGCGAAGGAAGUGAAGUCGGGAGAAGGACGAGGCGGGGGGGCUCGCGUGCCGCUGCUGGAACCACUUGCCGAGGCCGACUUUUCAUACGACCGGCAGUUUGAUUUCCGCGGCGCCGUGACAGGGGUGGCGAAGUUUAUUCCAAACGCGCCUAACUGGGGGCCGAAGCGACGUCAUCAGGGCGCACUGCGCCCUGAAGAUGAUGAUGAUGACGAUGCGUAA